AUGGGGCAUCUUAUUCUCAGCUUGACAUCCCCCAGAGUACGAACAUUGUACCGUGUGCGCCACCGUCUUGUGAUUAUAUUCUUUAUCCUUACGCUUCUCCACCAGCAGCACCUUUACCUAGUCAGCCGAGAAGCCCUACGGGCGAAAUACGUUCCGACCAAAUUUAACCUGAGAGAGAAAGGCGUUGCGACCGAUUUCAACCUACACAUCCACGAUCGUUACACGCGCUCAUGGGGACCAGAAAAUGAAGAUCCGCAAUUAAUAGCCAAUCUCUUAGACAACCGCGAGCACUGGAAGCUUAUGGGGAACGGCUGGGAGGGACGUGUGUAUGUCUACAAGGACUCUGUUAUUAAGACUUUCGAUACAAUACGAAGUCCUCCACGAAACUGCGCUCCUCCUAGCUACCCGACCGAUAGAUGGCCGGCAGAAAUACCCGCGACCCUCUACUUUGGAGGCUCUACUUCGACUGCUGCUAAUGGAACUGAAGAGACUGGAAAUGGAAAGCCAAGAUAUAACGGCUUCCUCCCCGUCAAGGCCCACUUCAUAGCAUCCAACUCGCCCGGAAGUCCAGAAGAAUGGCACCUAGUAACCCCCCUAGCAGAAGGCGGCGACCUUCUCACACUCGCCCAGAAGCUCUCUACCGACCCAAAUAUCACAUCCUACCGCACCAUCGACGCCCGCUACCGCCCCGCCUUCAACCGCUUCCUCUCCAUACUAGCCGGCGUCCACAACGCAGGCUACUGCCACGACGAUGUCAAGCCCGGCAACAUCUUCAUCCAAGGUCCCUCAGACUGGCUCCUCGCCGACCUAGGCAACGUCCGCGAAGUGACCCAUCCCUACCACACAUCUCGUAUCUGGAGAGAUAGCAAGCAAGUUCCUGACUGCCGCUCCAACGAUGUUGUCAGGGCACUGAAAUCAUACCUCAAGUUUCUACAGAAGUCAAUGCCUAGUCAAGACGAUUUUAACGCUGCGCUGCUACAAGGUGAAGAACCGAUUGGGAGGCUCUUUUGGUGGACGAUGGCGGAUGCAGAGGGCAUAAGGGCGGACGAGUUGCAACUUCGCUCGUUAGCUGAGAAUCCAGAAGCAGAGCCAACGCCUGAUACGCGGAAUCGUGUGCGUAUUCCGACGCGGAUGUCUGCGUUGUUGAAGUGGGUGGCAAAUCCUAAUUUUACAAGAUACGCGGUUGAUUACUCACUUUGGACUACGUUGACGGAGGCAAGGGCGAGGAUUUGGGGGUUGGUUUGGUUGAUUGAUUUGCCGAGAAUGCAAAGUUGUGAAGUUUGA